AAAUACUAAGAAGAGCAAUCUCAGCAAAGAUAACAGUAACGUAUUGUUUUGUUUCUAUCGUUUAGGUGUCUUUCAAGAGCAAGUCUGUCUUUCAGUAACAGAUGUAUUUGAAAUGUUAUACUGAACUACCAUGUAAUGAACUGUGCGUUAGCAGAUUUAUUUGAUUUGUCCAUUGGCGGAAAACACUGUGUCGAUGUCACAUUUAAAAAGAAGUGUAAAUAAGCCCGCGAUGUGCAAUGUAUUCCUACAGAGCUUGUGUAAUCAAUGGGCGAGUGUCUAUUUUGAGCAUGCAUCUUAAAUAAAGCACUGGACUAUAGUAUACUGGCAAUGAUAGGGGUAUUUAUAAUUUUAAUCAAUUACGUCGCUUGUUUUCUAAUACACCGAACACAAUCUCAAUGUCAGGUUAAUUAUAAUUUAUGUAUUAACGCGGGAGGUGUUUAGUGAUUAUUGAUAAUAUGAAGAGCGAUAUUGCCGCCGAGAGCGUUUUUAAACGUUAGUGCACUUUGACUUCUCGUCAAAGGCUUGUACUUUGCUCCAACAGCAUGUGUGUUAAACUAUAUCAGCAAAGGAUUGCAAGAAAAUAACAACAUUGUGAUGAUAUCAAACUGUGGCUUACACUGUACAAACCUGAUUUGCAAUAUAAAUUCACUGUCAUUUCAUUAGCGUCUCCGAAACAUAGAGGUAAGCCUAGUACAGUAGUCUUCGGGAAAUAUGGAUGACGGUGAUGUUGAAGGUAGUAUUCUUAAGAGUAUCUUUCCAAUAAGUUACAGCUUCCAGUAUCUAGUCCUGGGAACAAUCGUAACUGUUUUGAGUGUAACAUAUGUUGUACGUUACUUAACAGACGGUAAGGCUAGGAAAGAACGCGAUGUAUUUCGCCAUGAUAAUGAUAAAUGCUUAAUGAAUGACAAAGAACAAUUUGAUAUUGACAUUUGUAGGGCCGAAAAUCAAGCUAAAGCAGAGAUGAUCAACGAAAAUGUGGUCAUUCCAAAUGAGUUGGAUAAAUUAACAUAUGAUAGUAAUGAGAUGGGAGGUGAACCCAGGAAGGAAAACAAUUCAUCAAAUAAUGAAUAUAGAACAAUAGUGGACGACGAGAAGUACAUAGACCUCUGCCCACAAAAUGACACCGACUCAAAAAAAGGCAAACGGAAAUCAAUAGUAAAUAAUGCAAAUAUAGAUAAAUCAAUAACACUUCACUUGAUUGAAGAGGAAGUCGUGGAUGUCCAUCCUGUAAAAGAAACCCCGGCCGUCGAUUGCACUGAAUCCAACUCAAUCAUAAGUGAGGAAUCGAUAGGUAAUUUUCGUUCAUUUGGUGUUAGCGAAAUUGCAACCGGGAUCGAUAUAACGUUGGCAAAGACUGACACAAAUGUGUACCGGCGUGUUUAUAAUGAAUUAGAAAAUUCGGCUGAAAAUUUGUCUCGUGAUAAAGGGAAUAGCUACUUAGCAAAUGAGCUCAGUUUAAUUGCAGACGUAAAUGAAAUACAGCGAAAUGAGGAACUACAUAUCAAACCGUCCAAUGUAAAAAAUGAGAUUUUAUCAAGCCGACAAUGUAUACCAACAGUAGUCAUAUCGGAACCUUCCGAUGCUGUAGAUAGAAAUCAUAAUAUUGAAUAUAAAGCUACGGUAAAGAGACACCAACCUGAGGUGAGUGGGCAAGAACCUUUGAGACUAGAUUUAGAUCUUAAUCAUGUCUUCAAUGAAGAGGUCGAUUUGGAUCAAUUUAAUGGAACCGUAGAGGCACCAACAAUACCCUCAGCAACAACAGGUAAUAUGGCAACUCCUGAAGAUAUCGCUUGUUUCUACCAAGACGAGGAGCAAACAUUACCUGGUGCCCCUUUGAGAAACAAUUUAUCUAGUAAGGACGCUUUUUUGGGAAGGAUCACUGAAACGUCCUUUGUGGCGGUGAUUCCUAAUUCACUAAAUUUGGCAGCAGAUAAUCCGGAUAUGCCUCAUGGAAUUAGUGGAACCAAGCACGAGAACGAUGGUUUUCCAAAAUACAAUGCUGAACCUACUAAAGGUACUAAUCAUGUAGACUGUUAUGGUGACGUAACCGAUAAUACAGAAACUGAAAAUGUUCAGGAAUAUUAUGAGGAGGACGAAGAUGAAGAAGAAAAUGAGGAAGAAGAUGAUGAAGAUUCUGAUGAAGAUUCUGAUGAAUCUGGUGGACUGGAAACAAUCGAAGAAGUCUCUGAAGAAGAAUUUGAUUCGUCUAUUGACGACAUUGCGUCAAUAGACGACACUUGUGAAAUACAGGAUAAUGAAGCAGCCAUAUUUGAUGACCUCACGGAAAAUACACAACCAGCAACUUUUCUCGCCCUCGACAAUCAAUAUAAACAGACGACAAAUGGACGUCAAUCUCCAAAAGUCGACCCUGACGACGUUGAGGAUCAUUUUGAUGUAUGUGAACAUGAUCUGGAAGAAUGUCAAUCUGUACCGACGGUUAUUAAUACUUCUCUCAAAACAGUAGAAGGAUCCAAUUUAGAUGAUCGUGAAACCGAGACGCUUGUGGGUGUGACACAUUUGAAAAGUAAUAGGAGAAUUGACACGCAGAAUGAUUUUGUUAUUAAUAAGCAGGAUAAUGUUGACUCAGCUUUGAAUCAUAGUGUUGUGGAUCACGAGAAGUUGCUGAAGAACGUUGGUAAUUAUUUUUCUGAUUUGGAUUUAAACCAAUCCUCAUUGAGGAAUUAUUCGGAUGAUCAUGUGAUUGCGAAACAAGAAGUUAAAGAUAAUUCUCACGGCAACAAUGAGGAAGUAACGGGCGUCAAACUAAAAAUUUACGACCAGGAAAAUCAGCUUAAUUGCGAUGGUCUAAUGCGGAUGGGAGAAGAGAUUGACCUACUACAGAGAGAUUUAGAAGAAAAACCAUCAGAACUAGAAAACAUACAAAAUUCAGUUAUUACCACUAUUGAUCUCGGUGAUGCUAGCACACAAGACGACCGAAUCGUAGGUUCCAGGAGUGAACCCGUAUAUGGGGCAAUAGACGACCGUGGCGAAUUGUCGCCUACAUCGAAACUGAUACAACUCGAGUUUGAUAAACCACUCUUCACAGAAAUUAAAGAACUUGAGAAAAUACGUCCUCUUCCCUUUCUAACAGAAUUAGAACAGGACACAGAUAAAACCCUAAAUAAAACCAGUUUUUAUGAACAAGAAGGUAUUAGAUUUGACGCAUGCGUGGAACCGAAUUCAGGAAAGGAGGCUAUUCAACACGAAUCUCUCCACGGGCAAAUAGAACAAAAUACACCUGGGAAACUUAUAGAUACGACAGCAAAUAAACCACAAUUGGACUUUGAAGCUACGCUAUCUAAUUCGCUUGGAGUUAAAGAUAACAGUUAUAGCGAUGAUGUGUGCAAACAUGACUUAACCUCGCCAUCACAAUGUAGCGAAGAUCAAGCUAGCGUUGAACAAAUAAGUCAGCAAACAGGUAAACAGUCCAUAACCAUAGAAUUGCAUUUAGUACGUAGAAAACCAGCUUGUGACAGGGAGGUUAGGGGGCUUUCCGAUGCGAAAGAAGACAUCAUUUGUGCAACAUCAUCAAGCGAUACCGCACAAUCACCACAAGAAAACACUAACAGGUUGCCCAAGUCAACGAAAACUAAGGAUGAAACAAUCCCGGCGACGAUUAAAACUGAUGUUAUUACAUUAGACAACAAUGAUAGGUGUUUAGAUAAAACUCUGAUCUUACGGAAUGCGGUGGAUGACCGACGCGGACCAAAUAGCAACGAUGACAUUUCACGAUCUCACGAAAGCAUCACCAGUGAAAGCACUAGCGGAAGUAGAACCUUAUCGGUCCACGAGAAAAGGAUCCUCGACUCUCUAAAAAAUCUGCAGUUACCGGAAUGGUACAAGAAAUCUGAGGUACACAAGCAAAAAAUGAAAAAUAUGGCCGAAGGUAACGUUUGUAAGACUGACAAUGGAAUUUUUCAAGGUCGGAACCGAUACUAUGGCCGUCCAAAAUCAUCCUCGUUCGGUAGUGACGAUAGCGACUGUAGCAGUACGAAAUCUAGGCCAGUGAUUACAAGGAUGUCGUAUGAGCGUAAAGCAAAAUAUUACUAUUCUACACAACAUAUACCGACACAGCGUGACGACUAUCAGAACGGAAUGUUGGCAUCAACACCAUAUCUAAAGUCACAGAGCAAUUACGAUAUCCGUAGUUUCGACAGUGAAAAUAGACACCACGUUGAUCAUAGCUAUGGUAAGUACAGUGAGAAAGAGUUACAAAAUCAGCCCCGGAUUAAUGAACGGCCACAAUCUGAAUCGGACCUUGUCAAUAUGGACCCAAUCCCAAUGAACAAUUUCAAAAUUCAGCGGCAAAGAUCGAAUAAAGGAACUGCUACAUUUUAUAUUACAAGCGUAAAUGUUCAGAACACCGAACAAAAAGCAGCGAACUAUGGAAACUCACACCCAGAGUUGGGUUCGGAUAUCAAGUGUAAAAGAAGUACAAAUCGUGAUGAAAACAAUGCAAUGGAUCAGGUAGUGGAAAUAAACAAUGAUACACUUGACAAUGGGAACGUUUCAUACCCUGAAGAAACUUCGUAUAAACACAGUUCGUAUUCAUACAAAUCAGUUUACGGUACGCCGUUAAAGAAAGAAGAAUUACCAAACGCAAAUCCGGACGAAUGUGUUAAAUGCGACACAUACGGAACUUUACCAGAACAGAAAGAAUAUUAUACCGUUUGGGACCAUAAGGAUUAUCAUGCGUCCGUGGUUCCCGUGGUUCAAUGUGAAGAUGAUAAGGUGAUUGACCUCUCGUCAUCAAAUAGAAGCAAUUUUUCUCCAGAUAUUACGAAUGACAGUGCAAUAAAUUUGGAAACUAUGUCUUCUGGACCGGAAUCGGAAUCUUCUAUUAGUUACGAUGAAUCGUGGCAUUCUGGUAGUUUUCACGUGCCUUCAGUUACCCAUAGUGCACCAUCGUCCAAUGAAAAGAAACAUAAAUCAAAACCAGCUAAUUCAAAACUCAGUGUUGGGAAGAAUAUAUCGUUAAGUUAUGAUGACAUUUCAAAACAACAGCAAUCGGACAAUCAAUUGAGCAAUUCGAAUAGUAGAAUUCACAGAGCAGACAAGGCUCUUAGUUCAAAUAUUUCUCCGCGAUUUCCUGUUAUAAAUCGUUCGCGUGAUGACUUACUCACAAAUGAUAAAAAGAUCGGGAUUUCAAUCAGUAUAACAGAUACGCGUUUAGAUGACCCACCGAAUCAUCGUAUUGAUGAAGAAGAGUUCGAAAAACAUCUUUAUCAGCCUGACCAACAACCGAACUCAAAGACAGAGGAUGUUGACAAAGCGUUAGUUAUGGAAGAUAUUAUCGACGGACUGCUAGGUUUACCGGCUGCAAGUGUUAAUGACUCUUCAACUUUUUCCUACAAUGAAAGUGGACAGUCGUCAUCAAAUUUAUUAUCAUCUGAGAGCGAAUCGUCCGUUACGUCUGCCAGGCGUAGGUCGAACGAUUUCGCCAAAAGAAAGAAAAGCACAGGUGACGAUAAGAAUCAUGUCGUGCAUUGUCGCAAAUGUAGGAUUUCAGCAAAUCUUGACGAAGCACGAAAAUCCUUUAAAAACUGCCAUCAUUGUUACACGUAUUAUUGUUCACGUGACUGUCGAAAACAACACUGGGAAGAGCACAAACAGAGGUGUGUAUUCGCUCGCGUGAGCAGUUCUUGUAAACGUGCAAUAGCCGUAUGUCGUGACGACGGUUCUACGCACUACACACUAUCGAAAAUUGCGCGAACUUGUUAUUUGUCACGCGGUCGGGGUUGCAUUUUGAUUGUAUUUCCCAACGAAGAAGCUGCGCGCUUGUUCGUUUGUUAUGGACUUCGUGCAGUUCCUUCUCCACCGUCAUACAUCACUGCUAGGGAACUGGAGAAAACACCUGAACCAAACGAACAUACAAAGUCUUUACUUUCUGUAUGUCAAUCUUACGACCCAAACCAGUCGUUUAUUAUAAAUGUUAUUGUUAACAUUGGUACAGAUAUUCCAAAAAAACCGGUUUCGCGCCGACAAGGUACAGCUAUCAAAAAGUGUGCUAAAUUUUCGCUCUGUGAUACUCACGUAGUUCAGCCCAGUGUAGGAGCAAAUGAAACAACAGGAGAGACAUUGAUUUUGACGAUGCCGCCUGGACUUCCGCCAGACGGUACGCGCGACCGAAAAUUGCGCCAAGUGUGUUUCGUCAACAUCCAGCGUCAUUUGAGACAGAGAGAGGUUAAACUCCGUCACCAGUUCCCAUCGGUGUACAGUGCUCUUUGUCGAUGGGUUGAAUACCACGAGAGCUUCCCUCCUACUACAAUAUACCCUACGGAAGGCAGUACGAGUCGACCAUUUAUGUGUUUAAUCAUGCCGGAAUCAGACCCUGACGCACUUGGCUGGGUAACGAACCCAGGUUUGUUGGAAGAUAUUGAUAUUGACGGCGAGUUCGACUAAUUUGAUCUUUUUUAAGUUGCUAGGCCUACGCGAGAUUUUAGAUGAGUGUCUGAUUUUUAAUUUACGAUUAUGGUAUUUUACCUUUUUUAAAACAACAUUGUUAGUCAUGUGCAGGAGUGGUGAUGUGUUUUUGCUGAAAAUAGUGGUAGUAUUAAACAUGUGCCUUAGCAUCUAAACUGACAAAUGUGAUGAAAAAUUGUGUGUCGAAAAAGUCAUAUAUUACGACUGCAAUCGAUCAAAUAUAUCGUCAAUUACUUAUUUACGAUACAUUACUUGAUAUGAUUAAUUGUUUGAUUGGUCGAUUGAAAUAAUUUAGUGUAAAAUUCUAUCCACAGUAGACUCAGAUAUAGACUCACUAUAUCACAAGUUCUAGGCCUAUACCACAAAUAAGCACAUAGUAUCUUAAGUAAACAAAAAAGUACAAGAUUAAGAGGUUAUAGAUGCAAUUUUAUUGAAUUCACUUUGAAUUAUGCUACUGUGUUGUUAACAUAAUCUUCAAACAAAAUAAUAAAGACACCGCUUCUUAAUGUUAACACAAAAUUAUAAACUCAUUUUUUAAAUUUCAAUAUGUACAAUGCAAUACUUUAGGACUUCUUGAUAAAAUUUAGUUUACUGUAGUAGGCCUAUUUAAGUAGCUGAGUCGAUUUAUAAGUCGGCGGCUAUUACAAGAAAAUAACCUCGUCCUAUCUGCACGAUCUUAAAUUCGUUUACCAGUACUUUUCAUGGGCCUUCAAAACAUUUAAUUCUAGCUGCUCCAAUGACCUUACAGUACAGAAAACUUUACUCUUGCCUUAGAUAUUGCUGACUUGAGUUCCUGAAUUUAAAAUUUUGCUUGUUCUGAAUUUUUUUUUAUAAAUAUUUAUUUAUUACACUUUUUGAGGAGCAAAUCAGGUGUUUGGAAUUUUCUUAGAGAUGUGAUCAAUUUUAUUAUUUAGGUGCCUGCUCGUAAAAAUAAAUCUUUAAAUUUAUUAGAAAACUUUAAAAUAAAUUAAGGUUCAGAAGUCAAAUGUAUUAGCCUAGGCUUUUGCGGAACCAAGGCAUAAAAAGUGUUGUACAAUAAAUCGUUGUUAUGCAUAAAAUAUUUCAUCAAACAUAUAGGCCUAUCAAGAAGCGCAUUCAAACAGUCGUCUAUAAGCCCUGAGACAAGAGGAUGAUCUAUGAGGUUGGGUUUUUUUUGUUUGUUUUGUUUUUUUUUUUAGCAUCGAAGUUUUCUUAUACUAAAAUGAUCUUUAAAAGGUCUUUGUACAGUUUGCCUAUGUGCAUGUUUCUCAUAGAUUAACCCCUGGCCAUUUAUGAGUCAAUGCGUACGUACACUUUUUUUGAGCUCCGAUGAGGAGCUCUAGACAGAAACAUUGUAGAAUUGUAGACAGAAACAUUGUAGAAACAUUCGGCUGUUUGAUUAAUAGAUCCUUUUUGUAUGGGCGGCUGUUAGGGCCAAUAUACUAUAAUGUCUCUAUUUUAUUGCCCUCAUCGGAGAUUACGAGAACUUGUUUUAUAAGAACCAAGAUAAUUUUGCCCAGGAUCAGUGUUCUUAUUUUUCUUAUUUUUUAAUUUUUUUGGGGCUGAUUUUAGACUCAAAAUGUUCUUAUUUUGUUCUUAUUAACACACUUUUCAAAAUAGACAAUUGUUAUUGUGCAGCAGUAUAUUACUGUACUGUAUUAUAGAGGGGAUUACAUCGUCAGACCUAUUGCACAUGAGGUACAGAUAAGAACAGAAGAAUUUUUGUUUGUUUUUGUAGAUAUUUUGAUAAAAACCGCAUUUUAAAUUUUAGCUCAACCUUAAUUUGUUCUUACAUUGUUCUUUUUUUUUUUUCAAGCAAUUUCAGUCUCAGUGUUCUUACAAAAAAAGUAUAUGGCCUUCUAAUAUAUCUGAGUUUUACUGAAUCUAUUACCUAGGGCUAGAUAACUUAUUUAUGUGAUCCCGUUUACAGCUUUAUUUGGUAUAGAAUAUUUUUUUACAUUACUGAAUUUGCCAUAGCCAAAAGGCAUAAUCGAAACGACUGGUUAUUAUUAAUUUAUUCCGGUGUUGCCAUAACAUUCCUUAUUUACAAUAUCACCUUGAAAAAUGUAUAUUUUGUGUGUUUUAACGCUAUAAUUGUUUUAAUGUAAAUGUAUGUAUCCGUCAUGAUAUUAUAUGAUUAAAGUGUGCUAAAUCAG